GGUUCAUUCACUUCCCUCAUGAUCCCAAAUACCUAACCCCCAAAUUUGUUCUUCAUUUCAUCAAUGGCGAUUGAAGAUGGACUCAGUGAUUUGCCUGAGGCAAUUCUAAUUCACAUUCUUUCUAUGUUGCCGGACGGUAAAGAAAUAGUGAGAAGUAGUGUAUUAUCUAAGCGAUGGAGGUAUCUUUGGAGGUCUGUUCCAAUAUCCCUGGAUUUUAGCCACCCUGAGAAUGCUUAUUUUGGUCGCCCUGAGUUGGGGGAAUUGGAGAUUUUCGAUUUCGUGAAUUCCAUCCAUAGGGAGCUUCUGUAUUGGGGGUCUGGUCAGAAAAUCAGAAAAUUUAAGAUGGCUGUCAAUUUUUCUGCUCCGGAUAGGUUCGAUAAAGAUAUCGAUUUGUGGGUUUAUUUUGCGAUGAAGAAAGCUAAUGUUGAGGAUCUUACUCUUGAGUGUUUUUCUGGAUACAAGUUACCUCAGUUUGCGUUUAAGAGUCCGUUGGUGAGGAAUUUGAAUUUACAGUACUGUAAGAUGAAAUUGGAACCUUCCGUUAAUGUGAACUGGAGAAAUCUAGUAUCUCUUUCAGUUGGAUAUGUGAAACUGACUGAGGGUGUCAUGAGAAAAAUAUUGUCGGGUUGUCCUAACUUAGAGUGCUUGCUAUUGGACUUCGUUUGGGGCUUUGAUCGUCUUGAAAUCAGCAAUGUGAAGUUGAAAAAGUUGACCCUAAACAGCUAUGAAACUAGUGACGGUGAUGUUUGGCUUGAAAUAUUAGCUCCGCAUAUUCAAAGUUUGGUACUUUUGGGGUAUUCCAGUGGGAUACGCUUGGAAAAUGUGGCUGCACUUGUCACUGCAUUCUUUCGUAUAGAUUUUAUGUUUGAUUUUGGAGAGGUAGAAAUAUCGGACGAGCGUGAGAUUAGUUGUCUGAAGGAACUUCUUCACAGCGUUGCCCAUGUCAAGAAUCUGGAAUUGAGUCACUGGUGCAUUGAGUGCAUGUCCAAACUGGCAUUGGAAGGCUUCCAGUAUCAACCAUCGAGCUCAAGAUUCUUAAAACUUCACACAAACAAUGAAGAGUUGGACCUACCAGGAAUUUGCAGCGUUAUACAGAAUUCAUCAAAUAUUGAGACAUUGAUCAUUGACUGGCACCAUCAAGAUCGAGGAUACUUAUAUGCUUAUUCUUUUAAGGAUAACGAAAGUCAAAAUUGGACAUUUGAGACACAUAAAUUUAACUGCCCAUUGCUACAUCUGAAGACUAUCAAGUUCAUUAAUUUGGUUGGACCAUUAAGUGUAAAUAAGUUUGUUCUUCCAUUGGUUAAAUAUUUGCUUGAGAAUGCAAUCAUGCUAGAAAAGUUCGACAUAGCUGCCAGAUGCAAAGAGAUUGCUGUGUGUCUUGAUCAGAUUAGAAUUGAACAAAAGCUCUUGAGCUUUCCAAGAUCCUCUUCGCAUGCUUCAGUUACCUUUACCAAUCAAAGAGCUCAGCUUUGUCAAAAGUGAAAAUGCAUAGCAAAAUCACAACGGAAGACUAAAUAAGUGAUUUUCCCAAGUUCACCGGAUCUCGAGACAUUCGUGGUUGACCAGUGCUAUCACAGACCAAUGGUCAAGCUCAUUGAAUGCCCGGUGCAGCCUCUUGGCCUUUGAUUGACCAAAUCAAUGUCCAUUGCCAGAACCUUCAAACUCAAUGUACUAGCUGAUCAGAGGAAAUGCCAAUGGAAUUGAUGAUGGAUGCAAAUGAGUGAUGUUGACAAAUGGGUGCAUUUUGCUACUAAACUUACUAAUGUUGAAGAUUUUACUCUUCAAAAUUAUGGAGUAGUCUAGUUUCUCUUUCAAUUGGUCUAGUUACACAUCCGUUCAACAUUAGCUGGUUUAGUUGCAGAAUAUACCCGUAAAUGUCUAAGCGCUGGUGGUUUCUUUGGAUGUUUAUUCUACUAUCACUCAAUUUCACCUUCCCCAGUAAUGAAAAUCAAAAUGGUGCUCUUGAUCACCAGAAAAUCCAGAAUUUCAGGUAUGAGAAGUGUUAUUUGUUGAUUUAUGGAUACACUUUUCUACUCAACUUGCUACUGUUAAGAUUUUACACUUGCACUUUUCUGCAUAAAUGACUACAGGUACGAGUUUCCUCAGUUUGCAUAUAAACAUUCAUUGUUGCGGAAUCUGGUUUUAUGACAUUGUCAACUGAACCCUUGUGUUAGGUUAAUGAAGUUAUCUCGUUGAACAGAAGAUUGAAACAAGACCUUUUGAACUGAAUCUUCGAGGAUGAGCUAUGAGAAUAAAGAGUUAUCAAUGGACGGAACAACGUUAAAAAUUUGGGUUGAUUUAUAAUUAUGUAGUUUUCCAAAGUUCUUAAAGUUCAUUGUUGGAUAAUAGCUCUCUUCUUCCCCUGUUCAUUGUUCCCGUAAGUGCUAAAAUAGAGAAAAAGUGAGAAGAUUUUUGUCAAGUAACUCAUGAAAUGAAAUGCAUUAGUUAAUAUUGAAUUUCCUCAAGUCAUUUUUAGUGCUAGUCUGAACUUCCUUGCUUUCCAUAAUUUACUCAUUUUCUUGUAUUCCACAGCUAUGCUUAGCAGGUGCAGUUGUAUUCCUAAAAUCUUGUUUAACUUGUUAAAAAGCAGAAAACAUUAUGCUAGUUUGGUACUUAAAAGAUCCAGAAAGGGACCAUUGAUCCAUGGAAGAGGUCCUUCCCCGUAAAGAUAAAUAUAGUUAAUGUUUGAUACAACAUCUAUUGGAAUAAAUAUGAUAAUAGAACGACCGCAUGUGGAAAAAUUCCUGGUUUAGGACCGACAACUGUAACUACAUUGAUGGAGCCAUCCUCUUGAAAAUUGCAUGUGCGAUAAGUUAUCAUUAUCUUCAAAUCCCAUCAUUUAGUUGAGUAUGUUUCUGUGUCCUUCCUGACAGGUACUAGCUAAAUGCCAAUGGAAUUAGUGGUGGAUGCAAAUGGGUUGAGAUGUUUGUAUUGUAGCAUCUUGUGUGGCUCCCUGAGUGACUAUGAUCAGACGUGGCUUGCUCCGGAGGACAGAGGGCCACUUCUUCAGAACAAGAUGACACAUAUCAAACAACUCUUUGAAACAAUGGUCAGACACCCCUUUUUCCAUUUGACUCUAUUUGUUUUAAUCUUGAACAAGUCUGAUCUGUUUGAGGAGCCGGUCGCUCGUGUAUCGUUGGACUCUUAUGAGUGAUUCAGCGAUUUCAGUCUAGUGUGGGACCAUAGUAACCAUUCGCAAUGAAGUUUAAAGACCUCUAUGCUAUUUGUGUGGCAAGCUCGGGCAAUAGACAGAGUGACAGCUGAUGAGGUGUUCAAGUAUGUAAGUUACAUUUGGUUGAUCUUUUAUUCCUACAAGGGAGUUCUCUUCUUUUGGUUACAAAUUUCUUGAAAGACAUACGGUCAUGCUAUAUAUGACAGUUUAAUGCUUCUUUGGUUAACAGACAGAAAACCUAAUAUAAUCAAAGCAAGAAACAGUGCUCAUGACAUAUUCCAGCAGAACUCGGAAGUUAAGUAUGUUUGGACGAUAGUAUCAAUGUGAUUUUCAGUAUAACAGCAUGGUUAGGAUUCAACAAUAUGUAUUGAAAUCACAAAACAUUAAGAACAAGAUGGUUAAGAGAAUGAACACAUUGUCGUUUACUACUAAUACCUCCUUGGAUACAGGCAAGUGCAAUCCAAGUCAUGUCUAUCAGCUCAAUCCAGUUUCAAACAUAAAGUCACAGAUGAAGAGGAUCUUGGAAAGCGCAGGAACUCCUUUACUAUUUCGACAUACGCAUCACUGCUUUUGCUUCUGGGAACAAUGACAAUUUUUUCUAGCACACUUGCAUGCUUGAGCAAAUAUUCAACAAACGGCAGCAUGGACACAGAAAAGUCCAGGAUCUCGAUGGUCCUCAGAUGUCGAAAUGAGCCACUAAAAUCAUGUCUCUCAAACCUCUUGACCUGUUCAUCCUCACUCGUGUAACGUAACAGCUGAGCCUGUAGGAAAGAGAUCUGCUAUCUUAGAUAGAAGAAGCAGGAAGCCAAGGAGUUGUUGAUUGUGGAUAAAAUAAAAAGGUGGAACAACUCAGUGCUUAGCAAAUGUAACAAUGUUCAAAGCAUCUGAUCGUUCAUUCCAAAAUGUAUUUCCAACAACUACAAAAUGUUCACUCAUAAAGUCUAUUUUGAUAGUGACGACAUGAACCAAAGCAACACAAGCUACUGUUUCAUGAAGGAAAAUAAAUAGUUUUUUUGAAUGUCUUA